AUGGACGAGGGCUGGACGGCCGAAUGCGGUGAAAGCUUCAUGAUUGAGACGCGUCUUCGAGGAAUGAGCUCGAACAGGGCUGUUGCCAGCAAGAUUCCGGCCGCCAACCCUCCACCAUCAAAAGCUUCUCCGUCCCCAGCCCUUCCUUGUAUCGUCGUUCGGUACGUAAAUGAAGCAGACUGGGCCAGCUCCGCGUUCAACGGCGGCGAUUGUACGCUGCGGCACACCAUGGAUGAGGUACAGGACGCGCCGCACUAA